UGCAGUGACAGUUAGGUAAGCAAUGGACAUGUGACUAAUGCUAUAAAUACUGAUUACUGACUACCUAAUACAACUCAUCACUCGCUGUAAUUCAGGACGUGAAGGAUGGCCACGAUGACCCUCUUUAUUUCCGUUGUGGGACUCCUUGCCUUGCUGCAACCUUAUUGUUUAUUAGCAGAUACCAACACCCAAAACCCUGCAGUCCAGAAGGAGAUUGUUGACCUGCAUAAUGACCUGAGACGUGGGGUUCAGCCCCCAGCCAGAAACAUGUUGCAGAUGAGCUGGAACAAUGAGGCAGCUAUCAAUGCCCAGAAAUGGGCUAAUCAAUGCACCAUGAGCCACAGCCCUGCUGACCAGAGAAGAACCAGCACCUCUGGAUGCGGAGAGAACUUGUUCAUGUCCACCAAUGAGAGACCCUGGACUUCGGCCAUCCAAUCCUGGUACAGUGAGGUCAACAAUUAUAACUAUGAUUCCAAUGGAUCCAUUAAUGGAAAGGUGGUCGGUCAUUACACUCAGGUGGUAUGGGCCACGUCCAAGGAGAUUGGCUGUGCUGUAGCCAAAUGCCCCAACAGCGUGUGGAAGUUCUACUACGUAUGCCAGUACUGUCCUCCUGGGAACUAUGUAGGGAGAAAGCCCUACAACACAGGAAGCCGUUGUGCAGAUUGCCCCAACAACUGUCAAAAUGGCCUUUGCCAGAGUUCUACCUAAGGAACAGCUUAGACCUGCAAGUUCACCAGCAACUGGAUCAUCUGAGAACUUAAUGAAUCACCAUAACCAAUGUACUGUAUACUGUAUGUAAUUGAAGCUGUUUCUUCUGUCUACACAACAUCAAAUUCUGUCUGUUUUCAAACCAGUUGGGUGGCGGGACUGACGUCAUUUGCAAAUAAACGUUUAUCAUGAA